GAAGAAUAAAAGGAAACGUCAUUUUGAAAAAGGGACUUCAAUGUUUGUCAAAAAAUGAUUUUCUAAUAUGACUUUGCUUUAUUGUAAUAACGCUAUUUUUUAUUAAAAUUAAAGUGUUUAUAAUGCUCAGACGCUUGAUUAUUCCAGUUGUUGUACACAGUAAGAACACAGUACAGCGCGCCAGCAAUAUACAUACGCGGCAUUUUCAAAUUAAAGGCCCAGUGAAGUUAAUAGUCUGCCACAGAGAUUACAAAUUGGUUAUUCGGAGAGGAUGUCUAUCGCUGCAGAGGGGCAUAGCAUCGAGUCCGCAACUACGUGGUGUGGAGGAAGUGAAGGCGCCAAACUUCCCAGACUCCGUGUCAACAGGAGACGUCAAGAUAAUAAAGAAGGAGGGUGAAGCGGUGGCCAUGGACGAGGUGGUCCUGGAGAUAGAAACGGACAAGACGGCGCUGCCGGUCAUGUCCCCCGGCGACGGCACCAUCGUCAAGAUGCUCGUCAAGGACGGAGACGCCGUCAAAGCUCAGCAGCCGCUGUUCCAAGUGAAUGUAACAGGUGUAGCGCCGGCUAAGCCCGCGGCAGCCCCCGCAGCAGCAACGCCCAAGUCCGCGGCGGCAGCGCCGGCGCCCGCGCGAGCCCCCGCCGCCGCCAAACUAGCCGCUGCGAAGGCAGGCGCCGUCAAAACUGCCGCCAAGCCCGCUAAGACGGCUGCUGGACCAACACUUGCUGCUUUGAAAAUAGGCGAUCCCACAAAGACAAUAUCUGGGACUCGAACCGAGCACCCUGUGCCUAUGAACAAGAUGCGCAAACGUAUCGCCGAGAGGUUAAAGGAAGCACAGAACACCACGGCCAUGCUGACUACCUUCAACGAAUGCGAUAUGAGCAAAUUGAUGGCAUUUCGCAAAGCGAACCUGGAGGUGUUCUUGAAGAAAUAUGGCGUGAAAUUGUCAUUCAUGUCACCCUUUUUGAAAGCGUGCGCCAACGCACUGAUGGACCAGCCGGUUAUCAACGGGGUCAUCAUAGGAGAAGAAAUUAUUUACAGGGAUUACGUAGACAUUUCGGUGGCGGUGGCGACACCACGGGGGCUUGUGGUGCCAGUUGUACGGAACGUCGACUCGAUGGACUACCCGCGGAUAGAGCUGUCAAUCAACGCGCUUGCUGCGAAGGCCAGAGAUGGUAAGCUGACUCCGGCGGACAUGCAGGGAGGCACGUUUACGAUCAGCAACGGCGGCGUGUUCGGCUCGCUGCUGUCCAUGCCCAUCAUCAACCUGCCACAGUCGGCCAUCUUGGGCAUGCACGCCAUAUUCCAGAGACCCGUGGCUAUCGCGGGAAAGGUUGAAAUCAGACCCAUGAUGUACCUAGCGCUCUCCUACGACCACAGACUGAUAGACGGCCGCGAAGCAGUCAUGUUCCUCAGGAAAGUAAAGGCCGGCGUGGAAGAUCCCACUUCGAUCUUAGCUGGAGUGUAAUCAAUAUUUCAUGAGCACAGGAGGUUCUAAUUAUAUUUAGGGCCUGCGCUGCGUUAAGCGGGAACACGGAGCGGACGUCCUCUACGUGACUGCGUGAGGCUAGUCUCCCGUCGCAGAGCUGUUCUAUAAAAUAAAAUGAAACUGCACGCGGAGCGGACGUCUGAUCCGUGCUCCCACUUAACGCAGUGCAGGCCCUUAAGCUUGACUUGAAAAUUAGUAUUUUAAACCAUUUUUUUGAUCUUAUAACCUUUACGAAUAUCACUGUAAUAUUAUUCCUUAAAUUAUACUAAUGAAACACUUUUACAUACAAAAAAUCAAUGUAAACGAUCGGGCUAACCAAUGUAUACAAACUAGCUAGCUGUUUUUUUUAAUGUAAUAAUUUAUUAUUAAAUGAUAAAAAGUA